CCUGACCCACAAAUGUAAACAAACAUGCAUGGUUCAUUCAAGUUGUUUCGUCGUUUGUGUUUUCAUUGAUUGUCUCGAACGUAUAGAUUUAAUUGUUAUGGCAAAGAAACUUUCGUUCCUAGAUCUGCCCACGCCUUGCGAAGUUCUCUUUGCGUGACUAUUUUUCUAUUUUGGAAACCUGAUCUGGACCACAAAGAAAUGGACGCUUUCAAUGCGUUGUGGGAUAAUCCACAACAGAGAAAACGUCCACCUGACGAUGAUUUUCAACUUUUUACUAUGGAAGAAUGGUUUGCCAAGUCUUCAACCCACAAGAUUCUUAAUGGUUCAUUUCGCUGCCCCCUUCCACCAGAAUUGGAGCCACAAGUCAAAGGUUUUGAACGAAAGAAUAACAAAAAUAAUGAGAAUACUGGAAAUACAUCAGGGUGUGUGGCCCAAAAGAGUAACAGUAAGCAAAAUCACCCAAACCAAAGAAACCAAAAUGCCAAAGCUGAAGAUUCUAAG